GACAGUGACGUGGAACGGAAACGACUCUCUUUCGGGAUCAGGUUCGGCUGGAGCAGGCGGAGCCGAAGGACGGUUCGGGUGCCGGUGCCGGCGAAGUUCGCCUCGCCGACACCGGAGCGGUCAGUGUCACGUCACGAACGUUGUGCAUCGGUCCGGUCGCUUCGUCGAGAGAGUCCUCUCCAAGUUCAGCCUUGUUUUGAUUGCGAAGCUUUGCUUACGGUGAUAGUGCAGUGUAUUGUUUCGGUCGCUCCCGUACGUUCGCCCCCUACGAAGGAUUGGGUCCUGCCAGCGGCCAGCAGGUCGACAGCCCUCCAUCGUCUGCUUGUGUUUUUGUUUGGAAUCAACGGCCUGCCAUGGACUUGCCGGUCUUCCCGGAGGACGACGAUGACUUCGGUCCGCGGGCCCGCGGCCGCUCCAACACCUGGCCGCUGCUGCCGCGCGGCGAACCCAACCCAGCCGCCACCCCCGAGCCCGAGGUCGUCUUCGCGGAACAUGACCUGUUCGUCGGGGAGGUGGCCGCCCCCGCCGCGCCGCGCGGCAUGGACGUGAUCGUGGAGGCGCCCUCCGUGACGUCCUUGGACGUGUCCUUGGACGUGCCCGUCGGCGCGGACCUCUCGGCACGGCCGCCGCCCCCCCAGCAGCCCCGCCCCCAGGCGCCGUGCUCGCGGCCGCGGAACGCGUGGGGCAACGCGUCGUACGCGGACCUGAUCGCGCAGGCCAUCACGUCGUCGCCGGAGAAGCGGCUCACGCUGUCGCAGAUCUACCGCUGGCUGGAGCAGAACGUGCCGUACUUCCGGUCCAGCGCGGCCACGGCCUCGGGGACCACGUCGGGGACCACGUCGGCGGCGGCGGGCUGGAAGAACUCGGUGCGCCACAACCUGUCGCUGCUGGACCGCUUCGUGCGCGUGCCCAACGAGGACAGGGGCCAGUCGUCGUGGUGGACCGUGGACCCGGACGCCAAGCCCGGGCGCGGCUCGCGCUCCCGGCGCCGCGCCGCCUCCAUGGACACGGCCAAGAUGUCGGAGCGCCGCGGCCGCGUGCUCAAGAAGGUGGAGGCGCUGCGGCGCGCCAAGCAGGAGCCCGCCGUGGAGUCCGAGGCCGCGGCGUGCCCCGCGGACCAGCUGGCGAGCACCCUGGGCGCCCACAUGGCGCUGGGAGGGGCGGAGCCGCUCUCGUACGCCUCGUCGUACGCCUCCUCGUACGCCUCCUCGUACGCCUCCUCCUACGCGUCCUCGUACGGCUCCUCGCCGCCGCAGUUCCAGCAGCUGCCCACCAUCCUGCGGCCGUCGCCGGACCCCUCGCACGCCUCGCAGGCCUUCGAGGUGCUGCCCACGCCCAGCCAGCCCCUCCCCGCGCCGUCGCGCCCCGCGCCGUACCAGCCGCCACACCGCGGCCAGCAGACUCCGUUCGAGCCCCAGCACACCCAGUACGACGACGCGAGCCUCCAGUUCCCCCUCGACGGCGUCCUGGACUGCGACGUCGACGCCGUGGUUCAGCAGGAGCUCAUGCUGGAGGGCAACUUGGAGUUCAACUUCAGCCAGCCUCCACGACAGCAAGGCCCCGUCCAGCCGACGCAGCCCGUGCAGCAGGCCUUCCCCGCGCAGGCCCUGCAGGCCAUGUCGGCCUACGGCUCGGCCCACGGCUCCCAGUACGAGUCGCCCUACGGGUCGCCCUACGUGGGCUGCGGCCAGUUCCUGGUGCUGUGAGCGGCGUCGCUCUCGACUUCACUCUACGGUCUUUCUCCUUGCUUCACCUCAUCAGUGUAAAACAUUCUAGUCAUUCAAAGUGUUACGUUUGAGUACAAAGAUUUGUGUUGCGUUUUUGUACUGUACCAUUAAAAAUGCUCUCAUAGUUGCAA